AUGAAGACCAUAGUGAAGAGUGCCUCGCCCCUCAGGACCCACCUAGCCCCUCAGGACCCACCUCGCCAAUCAGGAGCCACCUCUCCCCUCAGGAGCCACUUCGCCCCAAAGGAGCCACCUCACCCCUCAGGAGCCACCUCGCCCCUCAGAAGCCACCUCGCCCAUCAGGAGCCACCUCACCCCUCAGGAGACACCACACCCCUCAGGAGCCACCUCGCCCCUCAGGACGCACUUCGCCCCUCAGGAGCCACCUCGCCCCUCAGGACCCACCUCACCCCUCAGGACCCACCUCGCCCCUCAGGACCCACCUCGCCCCUCAGGACCCACCUCGCCCCUCAGGACCCAUCUCGCCCCUCAGGACCCACCUCUUCCCUCAGGAGCCACCUCACCCCUCAGCAGCCUUCUCGCCCCUCAGGAUCACCCUCGCCCCUUAGGACCCACCUCGCCUCCCAGGAGCCAACGCUUCUCAGGACCCACCUCGCCUCUCAGGACCCACCUCGACCCUCAGGACCCACCUCGCCCCUCAGUACCCACCUCGCCACUCAGGACCAACCUCGCUCCUCAGGACCCACCUCACUCCUCAGGACCCACCUCACCCCUCAGGAGCCACCUCGCCCCUCAGGAGCCACCUCACCCCUCAGGAGCCACCUCACGCCUCUGGAGCCACCUCACCCAUCAGGACUCACCUCGCCCCUCAGGACAAACAUCGCCCUCUCAGAACCCACCUCGCCCAUCAGGAGCCACCACGCCACUCAGGACCCACCUCACCCCUCAAGACCCAAAUCGCCCUUCAGGAUCCACCUCACCCCCUCAGGACCCACCUCACCCCCUCAGGACCCACCUCGCCCGUCAGGACCCACCUCACCCCCUCAAGAGCCACCUCGCCUCUCAGGAGCCACCUCGCCUCUCAGGAUCCACCUCGACCCUCAGGACCUUCCUCGCCCCUCACGACAAACCUUGCCCCCUCAAAACCCACCUCGGCCCUCAAGCCCCACCUCGCCCGUCAGGACCCACCUCACCCCUCAGGAGCCACCUCGCCUCUCAGGACCCACCUCGCCUCUCAGAACCCACCUCGCCCCGCAGGACCCAAAUUGCCACUCAGGAGCCACCUCACCCCUCAGGACCCACCACGCCUAUCAGGGACCCACCUCACCCCUCAGGACCCACCUCGCCUCUCAGGACCCACCUCACCCCUCAGGACCCACCUCGCCUCUCAGGACCCACCUCAUCCCUCAGGACCCACCUCGCCUCUCAGGACCCACCUCACCCCUCAGGACCCAACUCGCCCCUCAGGACCCACCUCGCCCCUCUGAAGUCACCUCGCCUCUCAGGACCCACCUCACCCCUCAGGACACACCUUGCCCCUCAGGAUCCACCUCGCCCCUCAGGACCCACCUCACCCCUCAGGACCCACCUCGCCCCUCUGAAGUCACCUCGCCUCUCAGGACCCACCUCGCCCCUCAGGACCAACCUCAUCUCUCAGGACCAACCUCGUCCCUCAGGACCCACCUUACCCAUCAGGACUCACCGCACCCCUCAGGGCCCACCUCACCCCUCAGGACCCACCUCGCACCUCAAGAGCCACCUCGACCCUCAGAACCCUCCUCACCCCUCAGGACCCACCUCACCUCUCAGGACCCACCUCGUUCUUUAGGACCCACCUCGUCCCUCAGGUCCGACCUCGCCUCUAAGGACCCACCUCACCCCUUAGAACCCACCUCACCCCUUAGGACUCACCUCACCCCUCAGGAUCCACCUCACCUCUCAGGACCCUCCUCACCCCUCAGGAGCCACCUCACCUCUCAGGACCCACCUCGCCCCUCAGGACCCAUCUCGUCUCUCAGGACCCACCUCACCCCUCAGGACCCACCUCGCCUCUCAGGACCCACCUCGCCCCUCAGGACCCACCUCGCCCCUCAGGACCCUCCUCGCCCCUCAGGAGCCACCUCGUCCCUCAGGACCCACCUCACCCGUCAGGACCCACCUCGCUUCUCAGGACCCACCUCACCCGUCAGGACCCACCUCGCCUCUCAGGACCCACCUCGCCCCUCAGGACCCACCUCGCCUCUCAGGACCCACCUCGCCUCUCAGGACCCUCCUCGCCCCUCAGGACCCACCUCGCCACUCAAGACCCACCUCGCCUCUCAGGACCCACCUCGUACCUCAGGACCCACCUCACCCCUCAGGACCCACCUCACCUCUCAGGACCCACCUCGUACCUCAGGAUCCACCUCACCCCUCAGGACCCACCUCACCCCUCAGGACCCACCUCGUACCUCAGGACCCACCUCACCCCUCAGGACCCACUUCACCCCUCAGGACCCACCUUACCCGUCAAGAGCCACCUCGCCUCUCAGGACCCACCUCGCCCCUCAGGAGGCACCUCGACCCUCAGGACCCUCCUCACCCCUCAGGGCCCACCUCACCCCUCAGGACCCACCUCGCCUCUCAUGA